CUCUUUCUCUCUCUCUGUUCUAUAUAUAGAUGAAUUCAAUGCCACCUUACAUAUAAUCUGCUCUCUGUACUAAAAAUGACUCUAUUGAGGAGAUCAAAUGCAUAUACAAAAAUAGAUAAGGAAGACCCAGAAGAGAUUUUUCAUCGACGAGCGGAAUUCUUGAUAUACAAAGUGCUACAACAAGCAGAUUCGAGGAAACAGAGGCCAUCGUUUUUACGAAUAAGGUCGAAUAGGUUGAAGGUCAAGAUUGGCAAGAAAUUGAAAAAUCUGAGGAGAAGCAUGUCGAUGACAACAUCUGCAGCAAGAUUAGGUGUUUACAAACAAAUUGCUUGGAUUUUAAAAGCUUGGAAACGCUUGCUUGGCUGCGGAGAAGCCAUUGUUAGACUUCCUCUGUUUUGAAGAUUUCAAUGUUGCCUUUUCUUCCUCUGUUACUCUGAGCUCCUGCCUUUUCUUGUCAAAGAUACCCAAUAUGGCAAUAUGUAUGUGUUUCUUUUUUGUGUUAUGUGAGAAAAUACAUAUAUUUAUCAGUCAUCGUCACUAGAUGGUGCUUUA